AUGGCGGUGAGUCAGCCCACCUUCUCCCAGCUCGCGUCUCAACCCCAUCCUAAGCUCUCCGUUUUGCGCAGACGGAUUCGAAUGGAAGCCGUGAGGCGCCCUACGUGACCCUCAUCUCCUCCGACCGCAAGUAGACGACACAGAACCGCCCAUCCGGUACACAGCGAGCAGCAAGCUGAAUCCAUCGUCUCUGCUCACCCGCCUCCACAGAAUUCCGCUUCGUACUGCCCCGCCAAGCCGCGCUGGGCUCCGUCUUUCUCUCCGACACGUUGUCGUCCGGGUUCCUCGAAGCCGGUUCGUCGACCGUCACCUUGGGAGAGCACCGUAGUGAGAUCGUCGAAAAAGUGGUCGAGUACUUGAUGUACAAGUACGAGUAUGCGAGUUCGAAGGAGGAGAUUCCGGAUUUCAAACGGAGGGUCAAGCCCGAGAUUGCGCUCGAGUUGUAG